AUGAGUGGGAGCAGCUCUCCGGACUACAAGGCGCUUUUCCUCAAGGCAGAAGAGGAAAGGAAGCAGGCAGAGGAACGCCAAAGGCAGGAAGCUGCGUUGAGAAGGCAGGCAGAAGAACGUCAGAGGCAGGCAGAGGAAAGAGAGAGGCAGGAGAGGGAGCGCAACCGACCGACGACUUUCGGGGAGUUUGUACGACAUUGCCACGAUCUCCUCUGGCGGCCGCUACGAGCUGAAGCACCUUCUCGCUCCACAACCGGCAAGAUCCCCCCUCCUACCGGGAAAUACUGCCCCAUACGACUGCUUCCGUGGACGAACUGUGAAGCUAGGCAACGAGAAAUUUACGAAUCUGUUUGCCGCUACCUUGAGCCAACGGAAGAGGACGCACGACAGUUAUUCACACCGCUUGUUGCGUUAGGAGACCAUGGCCGACGAUUCGCGCGUCGACCGAUCAGCAGCGAACAGGAUCUCGAGACCUAUGAGCGACUGGCCGUUGAAGACCAUGUGCAUGAUAUCGUCGCUGAGUUAUGCAAAAUACCCAAUGCUCGAGAGGAGUUCCAUUUAGGCAACGGAAUAUGGUUCGAUAAUCACGCCAAUGCUCUGGAUGAAGAUGAUGGAAUAGAUGCUAGCCUACCAUCAGCCGCAAGACCCUCUAGACCUGACCAAUUCUGUAUCCAUCGAGUCGAUGGUAAUACGAGCACCUUGCUCACUACAGUCGAAUACAAACCACCACAUAAGCUCUCGGUGGGGAGCCUCCGUGAGGGACUCCGGCCGAUGGAUUUCUGGCAAGAAGUCGUCGAACCCGACACUAUUCCUACGGAAGAGCCGAAGAAAUCAAGGUACAACGCUGCGCGACUGGUCGGAUCAGCCAUUGUCCAAGAAUUUCACGUCAUGAUUCAAGAAGGUCUCGAGUAUUCAUAUUUAACGAACGGCCUCAUGGACGUGCAGCUCUGGGUGCCCUACGACGACCCAAGUACUCUUUAUUACGACCUUGGCGACCCCAAUAUGUACGAAACUGCGGGUGUCGGAAGGCCCGGGGCUCCCAGGACCCGAGUUGAGAGGACUCUAUGCCUCUGUCUGAUGAGUUUCCGUUCCUCUUGUCGUGAUCAAGCCUGGCGGAAUGACGCGCGGGCACAGCUGCCAAUUUGGCACACGAGUUUCGAUAGCGAACGCUCCCAGAUCCCAGCGGCGGCAUUACCACAGAUCUCUAGCGUGGACUGUUCUGGCUCCGAAUACACUAGUCCUGAGCAGACUACCUCUGAGUACCUCCCUUCAUCGUCUCCAGCAGGAUCUCCCGUCACCAAUGGCCGUCGAGUGACCACACGAGCAGCCUCUGGCUGCGCGCCAUCAUCCGACCAGCAUCACCAAGAGGAUUCUUCGGAUUCUGAGGUAGACCCUUCCGCAUCUGCUGGACGGAAGCGGGGGUUUAGCCAGGUUACAUCUUCCCCUUCAACCCAACGCUCCGCACCCCGAACAGACCCCCAAGGGAACCAAAUCGGGCAAUCUCGUCCAUAUGUUGCUCAAUAUUGCACACAAAAGUGCCUUCUAGGGCUACAGCAAGGCGGCACGCUUGAUCCUGACUGUCCAAACACGGAGCUGCACAUACUCGGCAGAGGUGACGACCGUCACCCGAUCGGCGCAGAAGACCUAGUGAAGAAGCUCAAGUUGCAGCUUGAUCAAGAUCUGGAUCAUAACUGUACUCCAAUAGGCCCUUGUGGGUCCUACGGUGCGCCAUUCAAGAUUACCUGUGCUACAUUCGGAUAUACUAUUGUCGGGAAAGGGACGACUUCAAGACUCUGGAAGGAGGUGUCGCGCGAAGCAGAGGUUUACCGUAUCCUCCAGCGUGCCCAAGGAUCGGCAGUCCCAGUCUUUCUUGGAGCUAUCAAUUUGGCCCAGAUCUACUUCCUCCACGGCGCGGGAGAAAUCCGUCAUAUGCUCCUUAUGGGUUGGGGUGGCGAGAGCGUGGGCCAUAUAACCCUUGACGAGACCAUUCAACGUGCGAUUUCUCGGUCGGUAAGGGAAAUCCGUUCUUUAGGCAUUUUCCACCAGGAUCUUCGUUCGGAAAACAUCUUGUGGAAUGCUGAGCUUAAACGAGCCUUAAUCAUUGACUUCCAUCGGUGCACAUUAGACCGUCACAAGCGGCCGGGUUCUCUCAAACGAUUGCGGUGUGAAUCUGAAGAACGUGAAUCUAAAAGACUGCGUGUGGCGUGA